AUGCUACGAAGACUCAUUCGACCAAUCUGGAGAUUGCCCAGGGCACCAAAGGUACAAUCUAUUCGUCACAACUCCACUUUGAACGAGGAAUACUUGGAUACAAAAAAUUUGCCUAUGAGAUGGGAGAAAAUGGAGAAAGAGGCUCAGGAAGAAAUCAUAGAUCAUUUAUCUGACUUGCAAGAUGAAUCAUGGAAAAAGCUAUCACCAGACAACAAGAGGGCCUGUUAUUAUUUGGCAUACGGAGAGUGGGGUCCAAGAAACAAACAAACGAUGACAGUUCCGGAGGUGGUUUUCAAGCUUAUAACAAGUGGUAUUUUGUUUAUUGUCUUGGGAGUGACUGCAGUGAAUUACGCCAUCGACAAAGAAAAGAAAGAACAAUUAGAGAGCGGUAGUAAUCAAUCAGCUGCCCAAGUAACCUGA